AUGAGUUUUUUAUUAGCUUAUUAAAAUCUAUUGAAGAGUCAUACGAAUUCAGAUUUUAAACAAUUUAUACUUGAAAAUUGUGACAAAAAUAUUAGCAAAGGAUUGAUUGAAGGGAUGUAAUAUUUAAAAGUGAAUGGUUAUAAAUUGAAAUUAAUUUUAAUGAUAAAAAUUAGACCCUGUUUUGUAUGGAAAUACUACAUUAAAUUUUUCUUGUCAUUAAGAUAAAGAUUUCUUGGAUUAAAAACCUCAGAAUGGUAUAUAUUUGGAUAGAUCAUUAUUCAUUGA